UUCUCCAAAUAAUUGCUCCCAUUCUUUCUCUUCUCUCGAAUCAAAAACCCCUAGAAAAAUAUUUCCUUUUUGGAUAAUAUCUGCAAAAUCUUAGCUUUUGUGAAUUAACAGUCAUGGUGAUAUCUUCAAACAGAUCUCCUUCCCCUAUUUCAAGCAGUAAAACAAACCUCAAUAAUCCAAGAACCCCAGUUAGCAAUAAUAACCUCAGAAAGAGUUUCAGUGGAAAUCCACUAAAUAACCCUUCGUUUGUUCGUAAUUCUAAAAACUUCAAUCCAACCACUCCGGCUAAUACUCCAACAGAAUUUUCACAAAGAAAUUCAUUGUUGAAUGAGUAUAAAGAGAAUGAAAAAGAUCCGAAUUUGAAGCCUGUAAAGAUAAGAUCAUCAUCACCUAUUACUAAGCACUUCAUGGCUCCAACAAUCUCCACUGUUUCAAAAAUUGCUGCUCCUUCACCAAGAAAGAAAAUUUUGGGGGAGAGGAAUGAACCAGUUAGGGUUUCUGAUGAUAGAAAGUUAUCAUUUGCAGAAAAGAUUCAAUCAUGUUCUGAUUCGGUUUCUUGUUCUCUGGUAUUACCCCCUAAAGUUUCUUCUAUUGAAAAUCUUUCAUUUACUGAAAUUUUUGAAUCAGAUUUGGGAUUAGCCUCUGGUUCUCAGUUACCCUCUAAAACCCUAGAAAGUAGUGUGUUUUCAACUUCAGAAUCUGAAAACCCCAUUUUUGAGAUCAAGGAAUCUCUUCAUUCUUCCGUAACUGGAGAGAACCAAUUAAAACCAGAUGAAAACUCUGCUGUUUCCUGUUUAAUGGAAGAAAACCCUAGUAAAAAUUCUGUGCCUGAACUAGUUAAACCAUCUUGCUCUUCUUCUGUGCCGGUUUUAGCUCGACUAGACUUGGAUCCAUUACUUCCACCUUAUGAUCCCAAAACCAAUAUCCUUUCUCCAAGGCCAUUGUUUCUCUGUUAUAAACCUAAUCCCCGUGUCGAAGCUUAUCGCACCAAAGGAACAAAGUUAGAUGAUAUAUUUACAACUUCUGAAAGCUGUUCAGAUGAUACUAAGAACACUGAAGAAACUGAGUGUUCAGUUGAGUCUGAGGAUGUUGCAUUGUCAGAGGAGGUUGUAUCUGAGGCAGCAGUGGAGCAAAUGCAAGAGAAGAAUGAGAACAUAGUAUGCAAGAAGAUGUCAAGGCAGCGCACAUUUGUGAGAACAAAGAUCAUCCCUUCUCUUUUAGUUUUUGUAGUUGCUUGUUUAUGCUUUACGGUUACAGAUUCUCCGGUUUAUAACGACGACUCUAGCUUCGAGUUUGGAACUUCUGCGAUGGAAAUGAAUCCUAUUGAUAUUGUCUAUAACUGGGCAGAAAUGUCUGCUUCAUAUCUCUCUAUGCUGAACUUUAUGCCUAAAGGAGUUGAUACAAUGAUUCCUUUUAAUGUUGCUAAUUUAACUAUGGUAAACCAUGAGUACCGAACACGGGGCUAUGGUGAGAAUGCGAUAGAGGAAAUGCAAGGAAUGAAUGGUCUUGGAUUCCAAGAGGAGAUGGAAACUAAUGAGGAAGUGAACCAGGAAGAAGAGAGUUUCUUAGCUGUUGAGACAGAUGAUAAGAGUGAGGAUUUGGGUGACCUUGAUCCUGGAAUGAUAAAAGAGUCCGUGGCGAUCCAUGAAAAAGAUGGUAUUGAAAUUCCUCAGCACAUGGAAGAAUCUGUCAGUCCUCAAAGCUCAGAAGUAGUUGAUGCAGAGGAGAAGAGUGAAGCCAAAAUGACUGUGGCUGACCAUGAUCCUGAGAUGAUAAAGGAAUCUGUGGCGAUCCAUGAACAAGAUGGUAUUGAACUUCCUCAGCAGCAUAAGGCAGAAUCUGUCAGUUCUCAAAGCUCAGAAGUAGUUGAUGCAGAGGAGAAGAGUGAAGCCAAAUUGACAGAAGAGAGUUGUUUAUUAGCUGCCAUGGUAGAGGAGAAGAUGGAAGAAUUUGCUGAGCUUGAGCCUGAAAUGAUAGAAGAAUCAGUAGAGUUCCAAGAGAAAGAUGGUAUUGAUAUCCAGAGAGACACUGAUGCUGCCGAUUUAAAACUCAGUCAGCAUGCCUCUGAAUCUGAUAGUUCUCAAAGCUCAGAAAUAGAUGAAGCUUCUCCUCAUGACCUAAGUUUGGGAACCCUUGAAUCUGUUAUUCAUGACUUAGCAGAUAAGUCUCUCAGACAAACUGUGAUGCAAAUCUCUUUAGUUCUUCUAACUUUGAUCAGUUGUGCAGCUUUCCUAUAUAUGAGAAGCAAAAAAGCCUCUACUCUAGAGCCUGUAGAAACAUUGCAGCCAAAAAAGUUGGUUUCUAGUUCAACAUCAACUAGUAUUGACAGUAAAAGGCCACAAAUUGAAAGGUUUUGUUCUCAAAACUGGGAAAUUGAGGAAGAGGUGGUGGCAGGACAUUCCGGUCCAUCAGGUAUGAGCAGUGACUUCCAGAACAGCUCAUCUUGCAAGGACAGGGAAUCUGAGCGAGAGAAUGAAGUGCAAAGCAGCCAGGGUCAUCCAAUUAGUAGAAACCCCGAUGUUGAAUCGUCAUCAAAUUACUCAGUUGGAUCUGUUUCUUAUGGAAGUUUUACUACAUAUGAGAAACUCCACAAUAAACAUGGUUAUGGAGACGAAGUGGUGACUCCAGUUCGCCGUUCAAAUAGAAUCAGAAAGAAGAUCGUUUCUCCAUAAACUAAAUCUCUACAUGCAAUGGGAUGCAGGUGUUUUUUAGUCGCGUUCUUUUUCUUUCUUGGACUGAAUCACGAAGACUUGUCAGGGGAUGAGCAAAGCAGCACAUUCGGGAGUAAUAGUACAACAAAGAGUUGUAUGCUGCUGCAUGAUGUGAAGGAUGUUGCUAACAAUUUAGUUUACACAUUAGAGUAGUGUAGCAUCACAUUAUGUCAAUCAAUGGUUUCAUCAUUAUCAUUUUCACGCUGAUUUCUUAGUUCAAAUUAUUGGAUUUCUCUGAGUUGUAAAAUGGGGUUUGAAUUUGAAACUUAUUUAUGCGUUACC